AUGACGAAUUCAGAAGAGAUCACCUCAACAGAGCAAAGUCAAAGAGACAUUGACACAUUCCUUAGGAGACUUCACCUUGACAAUUACAAAAAUCAACAGAAGUUGACACUAGAACAUUUUCUUAGCCUAGGCCCACCUGUAAAACAGUACCAAGAGACAUCUGAGCAGGACGUAGCUCAAACCUUCCUUCAGAGGUUGAUGAUGCUAGACCACAGAGCCAGAUACAUCCCUGUAGAACAGAACAGUGCUGAGGAGAGUCAUCCAAACAAAGUGCAAACCGCCAGCAGUACAGAUGCAGAUGAAAAUGAUUUUGAUGAUUUUUUCAGCACUGUUCCAAACACUGAUCAAAGUAAACAAAGACAUGACAUUCAUCCAAUGGAUGUUCAGAUGGCAGUAUUUCACAGCUCAGAUAAUUUUCUCAGGCAGAACAUGGUUACCAAGUUAUCACAGUGUCAGUACGCCUUACCUCUGCUUGUGCCUGAUCCAUUCAAAAUGGAUAUUGAGUGUCCUCUGUGGACACUGAGACAAAUAAGAAAAAGCUGGAAGAGAACAGAUAACUCAAACAUUGUCACAAUGACCAAUAUUCCUAUCUAUAAAGCUGAAACACCCAUGGUGUCAUGUUUCCGUCUUGGUUCUAACUCAUCAUCUAAAUCUCAGCUUAUGAACGCCUUAAUCAAUAACCGUCACAACACAUUCUUUCAUAGGAACUGCCCAGGCAACAGCAAGUCUCGCUACUUGAUGGAUGGUGUGGCAGAGAUUGCCUGGUACUGCCCUGCUGGAAAACCUAAUGAUGCUUUCAGUGACUGUAUUGCCUUCUGCAAUCUUCAUGGUGAUGCUCUAACACAUGAAAAACAGCGUGACAUACUGAUUGAAAAAGCUUCAGUCAAUGUUGUUCUACUACCAACUGUGGAAAAAGGUGGCAAAAGUUCAACAAUUAUUUCAGCUCUUCUCAAGUCUCCAAAGCCUCUCAUCUGUCUCAUUGCUGAUAAUGACAGUGCUGCAAUUCAGAAGAAGCCUGGAAAAUACAUGAUGGGUCUGAAAGACAAAAGUCAGUCAGAUGUACCUGAAGAACUUAAAAAAAUCAUCAGAAAAAUGUUGUCUGCGCAAGAUGUGACCUUCAAGCUUGAAACUAUGGCCGAUGUCCCUGGGGUCAGAGUGGAUGAAAAUGAUGGGGUCUGCUUAAGAGGGAAAUCUGCUGCUUUACAGAUACUCAAAUUGCUUCACAAGAUGGAUGUUUCAAAGAUCAAAGAGACAUUUCUCCAAUGUCAAGGUCAAUUAUGGCAUGAGUGGUGCAAAAAAAACAAAGAACUAUACCACCUCAGAGGACAAAUUGAAGAGCAAAAAUGUCAGAAACAGCAAGAACUGAAGCAAAUACGACAAAAACAACAUCAGAUUCCUUCCAGUCCCCUCAUGCAAUUAUUUACUGAAAAUCUCCAGAACCUGUCAUCAAAUGAGAAAAUGUAUUUCCUGAAGUGGACUGGAAUCUUACUGGAUGACCUAUCCACAGACGACCUCUCUGCAAUUCUCCAACAAUAUGAUAGCAAGUGGUGUGAGGUCUUGGCUUUGAAGAAGAAACAUGAGAAAUCAGAUCAGUUAAAAAAUCAGCAAAUUGAGCUUGAAGAAAUAUCAGCAAAACUCCAGUCAGCAACAUUUGGAUUAGAGCACAUCUUAAGAGAAAUGGGACAGCUCUAUGAAGCUGGUGCAUCUCUGACGAAUAAAAUAAAGAGAGGACAGAUUAAUUGGUCCAUCUACCCUGAACUGGCUGCAGAGCUGAUGAUAUCAGGACACCCAAUGGAGCUGCUGGAUGGUGAUGCUGGUCACGUGCCACUGACUUGGAUCAGUAGUGUUUUUGAUGUGGUCAUCAAGAAAUUGGGAGACAAGCGAGUUUUUGUUUUGUCAGUUCUAGGCCUCCAAAGCAGCGGAAAAUCAACAAUGCUGAAUGCCAUGUUUGGGUUGCAGUUUGCUGUAAGUGCUGGCAGGUGCACAAGGGGUGCCUUCAUGCAGCUUGUGAAAGUUUCAGCAGAGAUUCAGAAAGACUUUAAGUUUGACUAUGUUCUAGUUGUGGACACUGAAGGACUGCGUGCUCUGGAGUUGGAAGGGAGCACCAAUCUUCACCAUGACAAUGAACUGGCAACAUUUGUCAUUGGUCUAGGAAAUUUGACUUUGGUCAACAUUUUUGGAGAAAAUGCAGCUGAGAUGCAAGAUAUCCUUCAGAUUGCUGUACAGGCAUUCAUGAGGAUGAAGAAGGUCAAACUGUCACCAAGCUGUGUGUUUGUACACCAGAAUGUUACUGAAAUUGCAGCUGGAGAGAAAAACAUGGAAGGAAGGAGGCGCUUACAAGAAAAACUGGAUAAGAUGGCCCAACUAGCUGCCAAAGAGGAGGUUUGUGACACUGAGUGCUUCAGUGAUGUCAUUGCAUUUGAUGUACAAAAAGAUGUUACAUACUUCGCCCAGCUGUGGGAGGGAAGUCCACCUAUGGCCCCUCCAAACCCAGAUUACAGCGAGAGCAUCCAAGAGCUGAAGAACACCAUUCUUUCAAAAGCAUCAAAGUCUAAUGGGAUGACUCUUUCACAAUUCAAAAAUCGCAUUUUGGACCUCUGGAACGCCUUGCAGAAUGAACACUUUGUUUUCAGUUUCAAAAACACACUUGAAAUUGCAGUGUACAGAAAACUUGAGGUUCAGUAUGGGAACUGGACUUGGAUGUUGAGGGAAGCCCUGUUGAACAUUGAAAACCAACUUCAUAACAGAAUUGAAAAUGAAAGACUUGACAAGGUUGAUCACAGUUAUCUCAUAAAGGAGAUGACCACUUCUCAUGAAGAAGUCAAAACAGCUAUGAAGACAUACUUUGAUGAAAAUGAAGACAAAGAAAUGUUGGCUCAAUGGCGAGGCAGAUUUGAAAGAAAAAUAAAGGAGUUUCAUGAUGAAAAAAUGAAGGGAGUUAAAAGAAAACUGGAGGAGGUCAUCCGGCAGAAGAAAGCUCGCAAAAAGCUAGAUGAUAAGAAGACAGACUUUGAGAACAAACUGCUCCAAAAGAGCAAAGAGUUGGCUUGUGAGUUGAGAGACAAGGCCAAAAAUGAGGGACUUGAACUUGAUCUCGUUGUAGAACGUCAGUUCAACAGUGUCUGGGAUGUGUGGGUCAAUGAAUUAACUAAAGGUACCAAACAGAUAAAGGAUAUUGACAUAGAAGAAGAAGAGUAUUGUGUUCUUACAGAGCUUGGUAUUGACUCGUCUCUCAUGCAGGAAUGCAAAGACUCUGGUAAAUACAAAAAGAUAUCAACAAUUGGGAAUUAUAUUGAUUAUGUGACCCUUACCAAGCACCAACAUCUUAGAGACAAAAGUGAACAAUCUGAAGACAGUGAGAGGGAGACCAAUGAGACAAAAAGACAAAGAAAAAAUAUUACUCAAGCAGUGCUUUGCCUUAUGAAGAACAACGAGCGAUCCAAGAUCUCAUCAGUGAUGUUGAAAAUAGGCUACAACAGGACUUACUUGCAUGAAGUAGUCAAAACAGUGAAAGAAAAUCUUAAAGACUCUGAAUCAAGGACGAAGACUUUUGCCUUUAAGAAAGAGUUUGAAGUGGAUCUCUUACUGUAUGUUUGUGACAUUGCAGGGAAACAGCUUUCAAAGUCUCACCACAAUUUCAGGAAUAACAAUGAUGCACUCAUUUAUUUGGAAAGCAAGAAAAACCAAUAUUAUAGCAUAUUUGUGAGCUAUUGUAAAAAUCACUCCUCUGCUGCAGUGCUUGCUGAGUUGAUCUGUGGCCAACUGGAGACUUCCAUCAUUCAGGCUGUGUACAACAAGACUGCCAUUGACCUGGCCGGAGAGAUGAAGUCUUGUUUCCCACCUUUCAGUGGAAACAAGGUGAACUUAGAGAAACACAUUUUGCAAUCACUAGCAGAAGAAGAGGUCUUUGACAAAUACGUGAAGUACAUUAAGCGCCCAAGGAAACUAGUGGAGGAUUUCAUAAAAAAGGCUGUAAAGAAAUACAUCCUCACCCAACAGGGCAAAAAUUUCAGUGAUAUAGACAAGUUUGACUUUCUCAAGGAGGAGCUAGACAAAGGCCUUGAAGCCGUUAGUGAGAAGAUGGGAAGCCUCUCCGUUCGCCGCAUGGAGGAAUUCAGUGGGCAGGUCUUCAUCCUCUUUUCUCGUUCCUCACCUUUCAGACUCUCAGCAGGGGAGACAUCAUAUCGCACUGUCCUCUUGUCAGCGGAUUGUCAGGUUGAGCUGCAGGAGCUGUGGGUGAAGACGAUGGAUAUCUUCCUACCUGUUCAUGCCAUCACAGAAGCUCUGGCGGAGAAGUAUGAUGUUGCAGCUUCAGAUCUUACAUCCCUUUUCCUCAGCACCUACAUACUUACCGGAUGUGACACGGUGAGCUAUCUGUACAGAAGAGGAAAAAGGCGGGCCUACACAACUGCUAUUAAACACCUGACAGACAUUCUGCCGUUGUGCAGGUAUGGUGACCCUGAGGAAAGCCUGGAUGUUCAGGAAGAGGUUAUAACAGCAGCACGGCGAUACAUGGUGUCACUCUAUGACAGGAGUGACUUUGGUGGUACUCUGGAUGCACUGCGAGCCCAUCUCUUUGUGAGCAUCAAAGGAGACAUGCGUUGUCUUCCACCAACUGAAGAUGCCUUCCUAUUACACCUUCGCCGAGCCCUGCAUCAGUUGGCUGUGUGUAAGCGGGCACACCUGGUUAAGCCAACCUACCCAGCUGCAACUGAUUUUGGGAGACAACUUGUCAAUGGCAAACUGGUGGCAACGAUGAUGCUGAAAGAGGCAAAACCUUCAGAACUCAAGCACAGCAAAUACUGCCGUUGCAAGAAAAGCAUGUGUUCCCGAGGAUGCUGCUGUGCAAGAGCCAAUGUGAAGUGUGGCAUUGCAUGUCUCUGCACCGGGGACCCAAACAGAUGUUCAAGGAUUGAACUUGCGCUUGAAGACAGGGACACUUAA